AUCAUUUAUUUUCCUCCCAUGACCACGGGAGACGUUGCCUUCUCCCUCGCUUCCCCUUCUCUGAAGCUGAGCUCUGCUCCACGCUUAAAACUUUAUUUAAUGGACACUUAAGUCCUGCUCCAUCCUUCAACCUCUACAAGAAUCGAUGAACAUGGCGGCCGCUUCAAGGCGCUUACUGUUUGGCACUUCCGUUUUCCGUAUUCACAGAAACGCCUCUCCAGUUUCAUCCUUUAUCUCCAAUACUCUCAUCAACAUCCGCGCUUACCCUUCCAUUCCUCUCUCUCUCCGAUUCACCCAGGCACAUCCUUCUCAAAGACCACUCUUCCAUGGCUAUAGCUCAUCCGCCGCCGUCGAUAACCUCUCCGACAAUGGCGAAGUCGCAAGUUCUCACCCCUGGCCCGAAUGGGUGACCUUUAUCGAUCGUUUGAAGAGUAAAGGCUACUUCGAUGAAUCCUCUCCUGCGGCGGUCGACGAUGAGGCCGAGGUUGGAGGUAGUGACUGUGUUACCGCUGUCACUGGUUACACCAGCAAGGACUUGAACCGCUUGAGAAAUGCUUGUCUGAGCUUUGCGCGCGAUCGGUUUGACAUUUUCAAAUCAUUGUCUACAGAUGACAUUCAAACUAUUGUUGAGCGUGGAUGUCCAAGCCUGUUUCGGAAAGCUGUUAAUUCAGCCAAAAGGUUGAGAGCAUUUGUUAGACUUGAUGAAGGAGAUGUGUGUAGUGCAUGUAAUUUGAGAGGAUCAUGUGAUAGAGCUUAUGUGAUACUAAAACAAUCUGAAGCUGCCGCCCGUACUGUGGAUAUUGUGCGUAUGUUGUUGAUUUAUGCACUUGAUCCACUUGUCGUUUCUGGAGGAGAGAGACCUCAUGGUAGAGAGAAAAUUGAAGCAUCUGCUCGCAAACUGCUUUCUGAACUGACCGAACUGAGUGAAACAUCCCCUGAUCCAGACCUUCCAAAACCAGCAUUGAAGCCUUCUAACCGAAAGGAACAAUCUGAAAAUGAUAUGGAUAACACACAGUAUCAAAAUGUUGAAAUGAAGAGAGGGGAUUGGAUUUGUUCCAAGUGUAAUUUCAUGAACUUUGCUAGAAACGUGAGAUGCCUAAAGUGCAGGGAAGAUGGGCCAAAGAGAGUUAGUGUUGAUGAUGUUGAAAUGAAGAAAGGGGACUGGAACUGCCCAAAGUGUGGAUUCAUGAAUUUUGCUCGCAAUAUGAAGUGCCUGCGGUGCCAAGAGUCACGGCCCAAAAGACAGCUAAAUCCAGGGGAGUGGGAAUGCCCCUCAUGUGAUUUCUUGAACUACAGGAGGAAUAUGGUCUGCCUGAAGUGCAAGUGCGAUCGUCCAAAGGAUGAGGGGAUGCAGUACGAGGAUCAAAUAUGGAAAAGGCCACGCCAAGUAGCUUCUUAAACCAUCUAGGGCCUGUAGAUAUGUGUGCCUGAAUGAUGAUGGAAAGUGGAGUAUAUCAUAACACUAUCUUUUUGGUUGAACUUGUGUUCAACAAGGAGGAAAAAAUGAUUAUCAUUAGAAAGAAAAGAGAGAAAAAGAUACCACAUGUGUUGAUGAUACAGACUGCAAUGUCCAUAAUUAAGCUUGCUUUCGUUGUCCUUGGAAUUCCCCAUUUGAAAUUGGAAGUUAUUCAGGUUGUUAGAGCUACAUUCUUAUCCAUAGCCAGGAUUAUAUUUUUUCUCAGUUGGCUUCAUAUAUGAGCUGGUUUUUGUUUU